UUUCUCUCACCCAAUCAUAUCUCCUUCACUGUUAACCCUUAACCCCUCCAAAACCCUCCAAUCCCCAAAUCUCCAUUCCCAAAUCGAGCGCCGUAGCUUCUCCCUUUCUCCUCCUCCAUUCCCUCAUCUACUACCUUUUGUUGCAGAUUUCGCAAUUCUAGGGUUUCUUUCCGUCUGUGAGAAAACCCUAGUUUCUUUUUUUUGGGUUUGUUGCUUUUUUGCAAAUUGAGGAAGGGAGAAAUUGGAGUAGUUUUCGGAAGUUCUGAUUCUAUGGAGAGUGCGGCCGCUAGCGGAGGGUCGCUGCCUAUUUCAUCAUCCUCGCGGAAGGAAUGGCGAGUUGUUUUGGAGCAUCAUCCUGUCCGGAAUGCUGGGGGAGAGGAAUUGGAACGGUCAAAUUUGGGGCAAUCUGAUGAGAGAACAAUAUAUGAGGUACAGCAUGGAAGAGAGCCUGCAGAUGUUGACUUUGGUUCCAUUACAAUGGAUGGGAGCUUGGAUAAUGACAUAUUACAGCAGCGGCUUAACAAUGUCACUAGACAGAGGGAGAACCUGCAACAUUUGGAGAUUGAACUUAGAGCUCAGGCAAUUGCAAGAUCAGAGAUCAUGGAAAUGCAAAGCAGCUUUGACACCCAAAUCAAAGAGCAUGCUAAUACUGCUGCUAAGCUUCAGGAACAACUCCGUGAAAGGGAGCAGUGUAUACAUGAACUAGAAAAGAAAGUAGAAGAGAAAGAUAGAGAGCUAAAUGCAAUCAAGUUGGAAAAAGAAUCGGCCUGGGCAAAAGAAGACCUCCUCAGAGAGCAAAAUAAGGAGCUGGCAACUUUCAGAAGAGAGCGUGAUCAUUCUGAAGUUGAAAGGGCUCAGCAUAUAAAACAAAUACAUGACCUUCAAGAGCACAUUCAAGAAAAGGAGAGACAAUUUAUUGAGUUGCAGGACCAGUAUGAUGUUGCUAAGGAAACCAUUAUUUACAAGGAUAAACAAUGGAGGGAGGCCCAAGCUUGGAUUGCACGUGCACAAGAGAUGGAUGUCUUGCAGUCAAAUACAAACCACUCACUUCAGGCUGAAUUGCGAGAACGAACAGAGCAAUAUAGCCAGCUUUGGCUUGGCUGUCAGAGACAGUUUGCAGAGAUGGAGAGACUUCAUUUGCAUGCAUUACAGCAGCUUCAACUUGAGCUGGCCAAUGCAAGAGAACAGAAUGGUACAUAUGCUGAUUCCCAAACAAAUUCGAAGGAUUCAUCACAGUUUGGUCAGAAUAGUGGAAACCAACUAGAUGCAAAUGGAGCUGCUGCUACAAAUACUAAUGGUGUGAUCCUUCCAAAUGGUACUUCGGACAAUGUUCAACCUUUUUCUGCUGGUGGUAAUGCUUCCGUGCAGAAUGAUCAUGCUCCAAGUGUUCCAAUUGCACCAUCAUCCAUACUUGGGAUGCAUACCUACCUCCCACCAGGACAAGUUACUGCUCUCCACUCAUUUGUCAUGCAUCAACAAGGAGUUCCCCAAUCCAUGUCAUCACAUGUUCCUCAAUCUCAUGUUGGGCAUUUUCACUCAAUGGGAGCAAUGCCAUCCAUACAGCAGUGGCAGAACCAGCAGACUGCAGUAGAUGGUUCACAGUUAUCUGGACAUAGUCAAGUUCCAGCAUCCCAAAAUGAUCAAAAUCUUGUGAGGUCAGAUGGGGAGUAUGAAAUAUCUGUUAACCAGCAAGUCAUUGGUCCAGAGUAUCUGGAUCAAGUAAACCAAGGGCCUGAACCAAAUUCUGUUGUAACAUCAUCAACUGGGAAACCAGAGGUCCUUGAGUCUGUCAAUUCAACUUACCUUGUUGCUGCCCAACCUGAGCACAUGCAACAACUUUCUUCUCAAUUUCAUGAGACAUUAAGAAUGAGCUCUGAUGAACAGAGGAUUGAAUCCAAGGAACAGAAUAUCCUGAACUUGAAUAGUCAUGGACUGGAGAGCCAAGUUUUAACAGCAGAAGAAGCUAGUUCGGCUGCCAGUGUAUCUCCACCCGAUACUUUAGAGCUUUCUUUUAAUGUCAGUGAAACCACUAUCAACAAUGGCACUGGGCCAGUGUUGCCUGAUGCUUUUAUCUCAGCAGGGCAGGUGAAUACAGUGAUGGCAGGAAAGACUUCUGAGAUUGCUCUGCUUGAUGAACGGUCCUUGUUGGCUUGCAUAGUUCGCACUAUUCCAGCCAGUGGCAGAAUUCGGAUCAGUUCAACGCUACCAAACAGGCUGGGCAAGAUGCUUUCUCCCCUGCACUGGCAUGACUACAAGAAGAAGUAUGGGAAGCUGGAUGACUUUGUAGCCAGUCACCCGGAGUUGUUUGUGAUUGAGGGGGAUCAUAUUCAGCUUCGUGAGGGAGCACAGGAAAUGAUAGCAGCUACGGCUGCUGCAGCCAAAUUUGCUGCAGCAGCUGCAGCAACGCCUCCUCGGUCCACAUUUUUGCCUUCAGUUGCUGUUACUCCAAUGGCACAGCCUCACCGACUGAAAAAGCUCUCAUCAGUUGAUUCCAACCAUGUGAAGAAUGAUAAUGCCGUUUUCAGGGAAUAUACAGCCAUCACAACAACCCCAGCUGAUGCUUCACAGUUCUCAGUUAUGCAGAAUCAACCUCCUAAUGGUAUUGGUUUUGGCCUGGCUGGAGGUCUUUCAAAUGUGAAAAUUUUGAGCAAAUCUAAAGAUUCUGAACUUAAUGCUCCAAAUUUUAACCAAUCAAUCAUGACUAGUACCGAAAACAGGGGCUCAGCUCAUGCUAGGUUUAAUGCAGGCUUUGUGGGGAAGCAGCAAGGCAGGACAAGUGGGUCAGCAGUAACUUCCAGAAGAUAGUGAGUGCACUUUGCUUUUGAAGUUGUUUUUGGUUUUUAUUAUAAAUCUCCCUUUGAUAUGCAGCAUUUAGCAUUCUGGGUCAGUUCUUUAGCUUGUUUUCUACCUUCCACUUUGAUGAUAUUGUAUAGUUAAACAAUAUGAUAUGAUAUGUGCUUUCUCUAUUCGCAUUAUGCUUGGUUUAAGUUAUUGAGCUCAUGUCUGAUCCCAGAGAUGCAGUAAUAGCAUGAAGUUCUUUAAGAUUUCAUAGUUCUUGAAAUCCUUAAUAAUGGGUAGGUCUAGUAACUUCUUGAUCUUUUUGGUUUGCAGGAAAACUCUAAAUCACAAUUAUAGAAUUGAGAUGUUGACUAGUGGUGAUUGAGAAUUCGAGAAUUCAUGGGAACUGAUUUGCAACAGUGUAUGAUUCUUGUUUGGAAUCAUCACCAAUCAUUUGCAUCAAGAACAUUUCUCUGAUUGAAAUUAGAAACUGACCUUUUAAAUUGGUUUGAAUCCUUUGGCCGCUUGUCUUGGUUAUAGGGAAAAAAGAAAAACGAUUUAAUGUUAUUGUGUGUUCUUAUUCUGCUCAAGAUGCAUGCUUCUAACUUCUUUCGAUGAUAUUUGUGCACCCAAUUUCAUCU